AUGGCUGGAAUGCUUCCCCUCUGCAUUGCAUCAUUGUUCACUCUUUUUGUCGCCACCAGUGCCCGAAUUCCCGGUGUCUACAGCGGGGGUGCAUGGCAGGGUGCCCACGCCACUUUCUACGGUGGAAGCGACGCCUCUGGAACAAUGGGUGGGGCAUGUGGGUAUGGGAAUCUAUACAGCCAAGGGUAUGGGGUGAACACUGCAGCUUUGAGCACGGCACUGUUCAACAACGGGUUGAGUUGCGGCGCGUGUUUCGAGAUAAAGUGCGACCAGGAUCCACGGUGGUGCAACCCUGGGAGGCCUUCCAUCAUCAUCACCGCCACCAACUUCUGUCCUCCCAACUUCGCCCUCCCCAGCGACAAUGGCGGCUGGUGCAACCCUCCGCGCCCCCACUUCGACCUCGCCAUGCCCAUGUUCCUCAAGAUCGCCCAGUACCGCGCCGGAAUUGUCCCCGUCAGUUACCGCCGGGUGGCAUGCAGAAAGGUUGGGGGAUUGAGAUUCACGAUCAACGGCUUUCGUUACUUCAACUUGGUUUUGAUCUCCAACGUGGCGGGUGCAGGGGAUAUCGUGCGCGUGAGCGUGAAAGGAAGCAAAAGUGGGUGGAACAGUAUGAGCCGAAACUGGGGGCAAAAUUGGCAAUCCAACGCCAAUUUAGUGGGCCAGGCCCUUUCCUUCAGAGUCACGGGCAGUGACAGACGCACCUCAACCUCGUGGAACGUGGCGCCUUCUCAUUGGCAGUUCGGUCAGACCUUCACGGGCAAGAAUUUCCGAGUCUGA